GAGCCCUGCCUGCGCCCGCCCCCAAAGCGGCGCGGGACGCCCGGCGCCGUCCGCGGUCCGCAGGGCUGCCCCCUUACGCUUAGGCCCGGCCCGCUGGCGAGGCCGAGCCGCUGCAUUUUAUUUCGUUCGUGGUUUCUGCACAGGCUGGAGUUCCGUGGGUUGGGUCGUACUUGGGACCUCGGCGAAGAGGACCCGUUUAUUUUUUUUCUUUCCAAAAUGGCAGCCUCCAGUCGCGCACAAGUGUUAGAUCUGUACCGGGCGAUGCUGAGAGAGAGCAAGCGUUUCAGCGCCUACAAUUACAGAACAUAUGCUGUCAGGAGGAUAAGAGAUGCCUUCAGAGAAAAUAAAAAUGUAAAGGAUCCUGUAGAAAUUCAAACCCUAGUGAAUAAAGCCAAGAGAGACCUUGGAAUAAUUCGUCGACAGGAGACAGGCCUGAGGCAUCUAGAGAAAAUGAACACCACCUAGGGAGCCGAUCACACCUGGAGUGAUCUGCACCCUCCACAGUCCUAGGAGCGAUCUGCACGCUCCACAGUCCCGGGAGCGAUCUGCACCCUCCACGGUCCCGGGAGCGAUCUGCACCCUCCACGGUCCCGGGAGCGAUCUGCACCCUCCACGGUCCCGGGAGCGAUCUGCACCCUCCACGGUCCCGGGAGCGAUCUGCACCCUCCACGGUCCCGGGAGCCAUCUGCACCCUCCACGGUCCCGGGAGCGAUCUGCACCCUCCACGGUCCUAGGAGUGCCGUUACCAAGGGAGAGGAAGGAGAAGGAAUAGGGAUGAAGUCUCUUAAAUAGACAUUUGAUGACAUUUUCCCCAAUUUGUUGGUUUGCAAUGACUAAGACUUUUUGCUUUUUAACCUGUUAUUAUGGAAAAAUGUGAACAUAUACAAAAGUAUGUAGAAUUGUCAAAUGAAUCCUGUGCAUCCAUCAGCCAUCUAUAACAGUUAGAUACUCUGUAACAUCAAUAGAUGGUAUUUUUCAUCCUUACGCCUACCCAUGCUCUCCCGUACUGUUUUGAGAAACUGUGUAUUCGUUUUCAUAUUAAACUAUUUUGGUACAUAUCUGAAAAGAUGAUGAUUUUUAAAACAUAGCUAUGAAACUAACAAAAUAAUACUAAUUCCUUAAUAUCAUCAAAUACAAAGUGUUUAAAUUUUAAUGUCUCACAAAUACCACCAAUCUUCAAACUGGGUGAUCUGUCUAUAAUCUGUCUUUAAAAGAAAUCUAUAGGCCCCAUUCGUAUCUUUUUUUCUUCCUUGCUCUUCUUUUUCCUUACAAUUUCUUUGCUGAAGAAGUCAGUUCUUUUGUCUGGAUUUUGCUGAUUUUACCUUGGUUUUCUUGCUUAUCUUAUGUAAAAACUGAAAGCUCUAUCUUAACCAGCUAGGUUCUUAGCCCUGGCCAGACACUACACUCACCUGGGAAGCUUGUAAAAUCCUGACAUGUGUGGAAAGCAGCUUGUCACUUCCUCAAUAAGUUAAACAUAGAAUUACCAUAUGACCCAGCAAUUUCACUCCAAAAGAACUGAAACAGGUUCAAACACAGUCUUGUAUUCGUAUGUUCCCAGCGGCACUAUUUUCAAUAGCCAAAAGAUGGAAACAACCCAAAUAUCCUUCAGCUGAGGAAAGGAUCAACAAAAUGUGGUAUGUCCACGCAAUGGAAUAUUAUUCAUCCUUAGAAGUUACAAAGUACUCAUACAUGUUUACAACCUGGAUGAACCUUGAAAACACUGCGGUAAAUGAAAGAAGCCUGACACAAAAGCCACGUAUUACAUGAUUUCAUCGAUAUGUCUACGGAAAGCCAUAGAAACAGAACAUAGAUUAGUGGUUGCCGGAGGCUGGGAAAAUAAGAAAACAGGGAGGGGCUGCUUAAUGAGUAUGGGGUUUCCUUUUGGGGUGAUGAAAAUUUCCAGAACUAAAUAGUGUUGAUGAUUGUACAAUUGUGAAGGUACUUAAUGCCACUGAAUUACGCACUUUGAAGUGGUUUAAAUGAUUUUAUGUUAUGUGAACUUUACCACAAUUUUUUAUAAUUCUGAUGUAUAAAAACACCCCAGACCAAGUAAUUAAUAAUCUCUUAAGUGUGACCCGAGCAUCAGAAUAUUCUAAAGCCCUCCGAUGGAUGCCAGUGUACACGCAAGGUUUGGAAUCAUUGACAGAGGCUGGACGGGUCAGGAUCGUGUCUUUGGAGCCUUCCUCACAGGUGGUGGUAGCAUGCUAGAUUUAAGCCCGUGCAAGUUUGCUUCUGUAUUCCAAAGGAUAACCAUGUCUCUUGCACUCCUGUGAGACAGCAGAUGCUGUCAGGAAUCUGCUGCCUACAGUCACAAAACACAUUCUCUCCUUUUUUAGAAAAUAAAAUUUAAGAAAACCUAAGAAGAAAACGAUCGAUCAUCUUGAUCUUGUUUUUGUGUGAGAGGAAAGGGCCCUCUGUUUCUAGCUACCAUAUAGAUGUGUAAAACAGUGCCACCCAUAGCCUCACCCGUGAGAUGGCAGCACACGGACAAGUGGCCCUCAGGCUGCCCAGCACACGCACACACCCUGCCCAACAGCAACAAAAAGAGACAAAGUAACCAGUCCUGAUUCCUUGGGGAGGCAGGCGAACCUCCUGUAGUCAUCUUUGUCCUGCAGUGGCUGGUGCUGCCGUCAUACCCGUAGAAUCUCAGCAGUGCGUGCUUCCCUACCCUGGGAAGGAAAUGUCAUUUCCUUGCAAGACUCACUUCUCAUGAGCACUGAUAGGCCACAGCUGCUGCUGGCUCUGCAGCCUUGGCAGAGUUGCAAAUAGGUUAAACGGAGAUGGGAGUUCUAGUUCUCUUUUGCUUCAGCCAGCUUCCUUUUCUGGCUAAAUUUGAAUAAACUCAAAGAAACUGGGCAAGGGGUUUACGGCUCCCCGUGGAGCUUCACAAAGAUAAGUUCCACUUAUGUGAUCCAAGAGGUGGUUGGCUUGUGAUUUUCUUUGCUCAGCAUUACUCGUUAAUAUCCUGAACUCACAUUUCUGAAAACAACUGUAGCUGAGAUGUGCUCUUGGAGCAGCAAAACUACAAGUUAAACUUGGAAAUCAAACCUCCCACUUUCACUCUCAGCCUUUUGUAGCAAAGGCUGGGUACUCUUCUCUUUGAAAGCAUGGGAUUUUCAUUUAAAAUGUUAACUAGAAAAAAUAGAAGACAUUCUUUCAGAGGAGGUGUGUUGUAGAUUUUGUUUUUGUUUUUGUUUUUGUUUUUUUAUAAGUGCUAGAUUUUGAAGUCAGAAGACCUGGAAAGGAGUAUCUCAGCUCCAUAAUCCAUUUACCAAUUGUGCAGAUGUACACAGGUUACUCAGUUUCUCUGGUUCCAUAUACUCAAUCCUAAGGAAAUAUGAAUAUUAUGUAUUGCAUAGGACAAGGGUAAAAACGGUGAGAAACUAAGUAAAGCAUGUAAGCUUAGCACAUGCCCAAUAAAUGUCACUUUCCUAAAUAUGUAUUGCUUAUGUAUUAAGCAAGUGAUCCUCAAACUUAAUCCCUGAGAGGCAGGGAGGUUAAGAGAUGAGAUGCAAAAAUACCCUUUUUCUUUUCUGUGGGCCUGUCCUGAAAGCAACAAGGAAUUGGGUACGAUCAUGAAAACUUGCUUUGGGUUAAACCAAGUUAAAAUUUAGGAUCUGCUGAUAUGUCUUGAUCUGUCAACUGGGGACCCACGGCUGCUUAAAGAUAAAGGCGUAAGUCAGGGAUAAAAUAAUGAAGCCAAGGCAUACAAUGAUUGCCUCUCAAUUAUGAGUUGUAUCCUGCUGCUGCUUUUCACAAAACAUAUUUUCCAAGUCUUUAAAUAUUCUUCUAUAAUGUCAUUCUUAAUGAUUGCAUAGUGAGGAUACGGUGCAGCAAAAAGCUAUGGACAGCUCUGUGGCAGCUAAUUUGAAAAUCUAAUAAAAAAAUAAAUUAACCUGAGGAAUAGAAAGCUUGAAUAGACCAAUUACCGUAGAAGAGAUUAAAAUAUCUACUGGUUUGAGCCUUUUCAGACUUUCUUUUGGCCUAGUCCUUGAUGAAUUUUUGUGAAUGGCUUACAGACAACGUUUUCUUUGUUGUUUUUAGAGGGAGCUUUUUUGCAGGCACAAUUUUCUUUUUUCUCUUUUAAGAGAUGAGGUGUUGCUGUGUUGGCCAAGUUGGUCUCAAACUCCUGGCCUCAAGUGAUCCUCCUGCCUUUACCUCCCAAACUGCUGGGAUUACAGGCGUGCGCCAUUGCACCCAGCCAGACACAAAUUUUUUUAAUGUAUUCUCUGAGAUACGUGUGUGUAUUUAGUUUGUCCAUUGUAUUAUUCAAAUUCUCUGUGAUUACCUUUUUAAAUGUACUGUUUCUAUCCAGCUUUGAAAGAGCAAUAUCAAAGCUCCCCACCAUCAUUUUGCCUUUGUCAGUUUCUCCUUCUAUUUCUAAUAAUUUAGGUUUUAUAUACUUCGCUACAGUCUUAUUUAGUGCAUACAGCUUUAUGACUGCUGCAUCCUUUCUGUAAAUGUUGCUCAUUAUUUAGUUUGAGGGUUUUAGACUCAAUUCUGCCUUGUCAAAUAUUAAUAUAAACUAGAAUUUUCCCCCACAAAUGUACCCGGUAUAUCUUAACUCAUCCCUUGAUUUUCAGUCUUCCUUUACCACUUUUGUUUAAGGGGUUUUCAUCUUGUUUUGUUACCUAUCCCAGUUAGUACAUUCACAUUUCAUAUUAUGGCUGAUGGAGUUGAUUUUAUUCUCUUAUGUUAUUAUGUAUUUUAGUUGGUUCUCUCUUUUCCUUAUUUUUAAUGGUUUUAUCAAGUAACUAUUCAUUCCCUGUUUAUCUCUCUUUUCUUUUGUCAGUUUGGAAAUUCCAUUCUACUUUUC